CACGACAUCCCAAAGUCAAAGUCUAUCCAUGUGUUCUACAACUCACCGAAUGAACGGGAAAAGUUGUGUUCAUCACAACUAUGCUCUGGCUUUCCGAAGCAUCUCUAAACGGCAAAUGGAAAGAAAAAAAAGGUUAAUAUUAUAACGCUUUCGUCUACCCAAAAGGGGGAAAAAUACGGGAAAUCGAGGAGAUGAGAGUAAUGAGGAGAUUAGCGUGAAAACAGAGAAUAAUACAAUGUCAUUCUAAAGGUAUGGAGCACUAUGAUUACAUAGGACAUUUCUAUGUUUGAAAAACACAAAAAGAAAAUAAAAGUUUGGGAGAGUUUGAGGCAAAGUAUGGCGCGGGAGAAGAUUGGAGAAACCGAAGUGGUGAAAGUGAAGAAACAGAGGAAGAAAUCCAAUAAGGAGCACAAAACAAGAACUGUACAUUCUAACAUUUUAUAUGAUCGAACCAAAGGCGAAGACAACCCAAAUAGACACUAUUCAGACAAUAAGAUUAAAACCACAAAAUAUACUCUUCUCUCUUUUCUACCGAAGAAUCUAUUCGAGCAGUUCCAUAGGUUUGCCAACGUAUACUUCGUGUUCAUCGCCCUGUUGAAUUUUGUUCCAGUUUGUAAUGCUUUCCAACCACAGUUGGCCCUGGCACCAGUGGUGUUCAUCUUGUCUGUCACUGCCAUCAAAGACCUUUGGGAGGAUUACAGAAGACACAGAUCCGAUAAAGAAAUCAACCACAUGGAUUGUUUGGUCUAUAGCAGGCCAGAGCACCAGUACACGGAGCGCUUUUGGAAGGACGCUCGUGUUGGGGAUUUCAUUAGACUGCGCUGUAAUGAGAUCCUGCCUGCAGAUGUUCUACUGCUUAGUUCCAGCGACCCGGACCGCUUGGUCCACAUCGAGACAGCUACCCUGGAUGGAGAGACCAACCUCAAACAGAGACAAGUGGUCCGCAGCUUCCUAGACCUGGAUUGUGAUUUUGACCCGUCCAAAUACAACAGCGUCAUAGAAUGUGAGAAGCCUAACAAUGACCUGGCCAGAUUCCGUGGUUACAUUACCCAUCGCAGUGGAAGAAGAGAUGGCCUGUACAAAGACAACUUGCUGCUGAGGGGCUGUACUAUCCGUAACACAGAAGAGUGUGUGGGGAUAGUCAUCUAUGCAGGUCAUGAGACUAAAGCCAUGCUGAACAACAAUGGCCCCCGUUACAAACGCAGCAAACUGGAGAAACAGAUGAACGUGGACGUGGGCUGGUGUGUUAUCAUCCUACUGGUCAUGUGCCUGUUUUCUGCUAUCGGUCACGGGUUGUGGAUGUACCAGUACGGAGAUAAGAGACCCGUGUUUGAUGUUCUUAGUCCUGAAGGAGCUGACCUGUCACCUGUCCUGUCUGCCGUCUAUCUCUUCCUCACCAUGAUCAUCGUCUUUCAGGUCCUGAUCCCGGUCUCGCUGUUCGUGUCCAUAGAGAUUGUGAAGAUCUGCCAGGUUUAUUUCAUCCAUCAGGACCAAGACCUGUAUGAUGAGGAGACCGACUCUCAUCUGCAGUGUAGAGCUCUGAACAUCACCGAAGACCUCGGUCAGAUGCAGUACAUCUUCUCCGACAAGACCGGGACACUCACAGAGAACAAGAUGGUGUUCAGGAGGUGUACGGUGGCCGGGGUGGAAUACAGCCAUGAUGCCAACGCGAGACGUCUGGCCAUGUACCAGGACCUGGUGGACUCAGAGGAGGAGGACUGUACUUCCCACAGCGGCACCUUGCCCAGACGGGACAGCGUCGCCAGCAACCAGAGCGCUGCCAAGGUGGUUCUGCGCUCCCAGAGCACCAAGUCCCACCGCAGGACUGGCAGUCGGGCCGAAGCCAAGAGGGCCAGCAUCCUGUCCAAACACACUGCAUUCAGCAGCCCCAUGGAGAAGGAGGUCACCCCUGACCCCCAGCUCCUGGACAAGGUCAACCACUGCAGUAGCCAGAUGACCUUCAAGAGGUUCCACAGCCAGUCCCUGUCUCAGCUACCCUCUGACCUCACUGACGUCAUCGAUUUCUUCAUCGCCCUCACCAUCUGUAACACGGUGGUGGUGUCGUCGCCCAAUCAGCCACGGCAGAAGGUGCGGAUGAGAUUUGGGCUAAAGUCCCCGGUGAAGACUAUCGAGGACUUCAUCAAACGCUUCACCUCCAGUCGUCUCACCUCCAACUCCAACAGCAGCAGCUCUUCCAGCCUCAACCGUUCCUCCCACCGCGAAUGUUCCAGUGUCCUGUCCUCCCCCUCCGCCGAGAGCACCCUGACUAAAUUAGAUGAGGAGCAUCACCUUGGAUGUCCCGGAGGUUUGGAGCACGCCUUCUCUCCGGUCCCUCCUCACGCUACCGAGAGAGAACCCGGGGCCCUAGAGGAAGGAGAGCUCCGUUACGAGGCAGAGUCACCUGACGAGGCCGCCCUGGUGUAUGCAGCGCGUGCCUACAAGUGUUCUCUGGUUGGCCGGCUACCUGAUCAGGUGACGGUGGAGUUACCUCACCUGGGGAAGCUAAGCUUUGAGCUGCUUCACACUCUGGGGUUUGACUCCACCAGAAAGAGGAUGUCUGUGGUGGUGAGACACCCGCUAACAGAACAGAUCACCGUCUACACUAAAGGAGCUGACUCUGUCAUCAUGGACCUCAUCACACUGCCACCUACAGAUGAUUCCAAAGGGAAGCGCCAGAGAAAGAUCCUAUACAAGACACAGAAUUACCUGAACCUCUAUGCUGCCAAUGGUCUUCGUACUCUCUGCAUCGCAAAAAAGGUUAUGACUAAGGAGGAGUAUGCUGUCUGGCUGCGACAUCAUCUGGAGGCAGAGACGGCCAUACAGGGAAGAGAAGAGCUGCUGUUCCAGUCUGCUCUGAGACUGGAGAUUAACCUGCAUCUAUUGGGAGCAACGGGUAUAGAGGACCGUCUACAAGACGGUGUCCCAGAGACCAUUGCUUCGCUGCGGAAGGCGGGGCUCCAGAUCUGGGUUCUGACGGGGGACAAACAGGAAACAGCCAUCAACAUCGCCUAUGCUUGCAAGCUGCUGGAACCUGACGAUGAGAUCAUCACGCUCAACGCUGACUCGAAGGAGGCGAUGGCAGUCCUUCUAGAGGAGAGUCUACACUACAUCCAGGCUAAGUUCCUGUCCUCGGAUCCUUCCAGAUCCUUUCAGAAAGACUACGCUCCCGCCUAUUCCUUCCCCCCUCCUCCUCCUCCUUCCUCCUCCUCCUCCCAGACCCAGUCCUUCCUGGUGCACCGGCUGGGUUUGGUAAUUGACGGGCGGACGCUGGCCUACGCACUGGACAGCAGCCUAGAUGAGAAGUUCCUGGCGGUGGCGAGGAGCUGUCGGUCAGUCCUCUGCUGUCGCUCCACGCCGCUGCAGAAGAGUAUGGUGGUUAAACUGGUCCGGAACAAACUGAAGGUCAUGACGCUGGCCAUAGGUGAUGGUGCUAAUGAUGUCAGCAUGAUUCAGGUGGCUGAUGUGGGCGUCGGCAUCUCAGGACAGGAGGGCAUGCAGGCUGUGAUGGCUAGUGACUUUGCCCUUCCGCGGUUCCGGAACCUUCAGAAGCUCUUGCUGGUCCAUGGCCACUGGUGUUACUCCAGACUGGCCAACAUGAUACUGUACUUCUUCUACAAGAACGCUAUGUUCGUAGCACUGAUCUUCUGGUACCAGUUCUACUGUGGUUUUUCUGGGUCAGCCAUGAUAGACCAGUGGUAUCUGAUCUUCUUCAACCUCAUGUUCUCUGCCUUCCCUCAACUCGUCACCGGGACCCUGGAUAAAGAUGUGUCCUCAGAGACCCUCCAAGAUCUGCCUCAGCUCUACAUGAACGGACAGAACUCAGAGGAAUACAAGCCUUAUAUGUUCUGGAUGACCAUGAUCGAUGCCUUCUACCAAAGCCUGGUCUGUUUCUUUAUACCCUACUGUGCCUAUGCUGACUCUGAUGUGGACUUGUUGACGUGGGGAACGCCCAUCACCACCCUGGCCCUGUUCACUAUACUGAUACACCUGGGCUUGGAGACCAAGACCUGGACGUGGAUGAACUGGUUGUCCAUCACCUUCAGUGUGGGUCUGUUCUUUACUGUGGCUCUGUGUUACAACGCCUCCUGUCCCACAUGCUUCUCCCCCUCCAACCCUUACUGGACCAUGCAGAGACUGCUGGGGGAACCACUCUUCUACCUGCUCUGUGUCAUCACUCCUGUAGCCGCCCUGCUGCCCAGAUACUUCUACAGGGCAUGUCAGAGCUCUCUGUUCCCCACUCCAGUCCAGGUUGGCAGGCAGCUGGACAAACUGCCCAGUGACACACGUAGAAACAUCCUCAGUCUCAGCCGGGUCCAGGCCGGGUCACUUCUUCAUCUCAGACCGCCCUUCCUGUCUUCGCUUUCCUUCGCCGGACCCUUGACUAAAGACUGCAGCCACAGGACCACCUCCACCCAGAACCAGUACAGCUUCACCAGGGGCCCGGCCAAGAGCCCCGAGGGCUGUCUGGACCUAUCCUUACGAGGGGAUGAGGCUGGGAAGGUUCAGGGGAAGGGCUGGGGCAGUCCUGGAGACAGUCAGAGGAGGCUUGAAGAUGAUGAUCAGUACACACUAGCCUCCACAGAGACUGAUACUCUGCCUUAUACCAAAGCCAAAGAAGCUCCUCAGCCUGAGGCUGGGAGUAUGGCUGGGGCUGGGAGUAUGGCUGGGGCUGGGAGUAUGGCUGGGGCUGGGAGUAUGGCUGGAGCUGGGAGUAUGGCUGGAGCUGGGAGUAUGGCUGGAGCUGGGAGUAUGGCUGGGGCUGGGAGUAUGGCUGGAGCUGGGAGUAUGGCUGGGGCUGGGAGUAUGGCUGGGGCUGGGAGUAUGGCUGGGGCUGGGAGUAUGGCUGGGGCUGGGAGUAUGGCUGGGGCUGGGAGUAUGGCUGGGGCUGGGAGUAUGGCUGGAGCUGGGAGUAUGGCUGGAGCUGGGAGUAUGGCUGGAGCUGGGGCUGGAGCAGGGACUGGGAGGACUGGGAAUAUGGCUGGAGCAGGGGCUGGGAGAAUGGCUGGAGCAGGGGCUGGGAGUAUGGCUGGAGCAGGGGCUGGGAGUAUGGCAGGGGCUGUAGCAGGGGCUGGGAGUAUGGCUAGAGCUGGGGCUGGGAGUAUGGCUGGAGCAGGGGCUGGGAGCAUGGCAGGUGCUGGGAGUAUGGCAGGGGCUGGGGCUGGAUCAGGGGCUGGGAGCAUGGCUGGAGCAGGGGCUGGGAGCAUGGCAGGGGCUGGGAGCAUGGCAGGGCCUGGGCCUGAUGACCUCCAGGCUCCUCUCACCCAGGACAAUGACUGUCAGGACAUUAGUCUUCUUGAUCUCUCGGACCUGAGUCUAUCCAGCUUGAUCACUUCCACACCCCUUCUGACCACACCCCAGUCAGAAACCAUCCAACUGACUCUGCCCCCUGCUGGUGGCUCCCAGUCUGCAGCCUACAGGCGGAACUAUGAGAACCAUGACACUACGGCACACAGACCACCACCUGAACACAGGUUCCUCCCACCUACAGACAAACCAGACCACCCUCAGACCACCUGUCCUAAAGAACACUCGUGGCUCCAAACCACCUCUCUAUGA